AUGGACUUGGGGGAGCUGCGCAUUUCCCGGAAGAAGGUUAUCAACAUUGUGUUCGUCGGACAUGUUGACGCUGGAAAGUCGACGAUAUGCGGGCAGAUUCUUGUGCAGAUGGGAUUGGUGGACCCAAGGACGUUGGAAAAGUACAGACAAAUGUCGAGGGAGCAGAAUAGAGAAAGCUGGUAUUUAAGCUGGUGUCUGGACACCAAUCCUGAGGAGAGAGAAAGAGGAAAGACCACGGAGGUGGGGACUGCGUCCUUUGAGCUUCCCCAUAGAAGGGUAAAUAUAUUGGAUGCGCCUGGACAUAACCAGUUUGUGUUUGAGAUGAUAAACGGGGCUAAUCGUGCGGAUGUGGGAAUACUGGUUGUAUCUGCACGAAUAAACGAAUUUGAGGCAGGCUUUGAAAAGGGAGGGCAAACUAGAGAGCAUAUCUUCCUGCUAAAGGCCGGAAGUGUCCAAAGAUUGAUUGUGCUGGUUAAUAAGAUGGACGAUCCGAGCGUGGAGUGGCGCAAGGAGAGGUUUGACGAGAUAAAGACCAAGGUUGGGGCCUUUGUUAGAAGAAUGUUUCCGACGCCUGUGUUUAUUCCGGUCAGUGGAUUUACCGGCGAAUACAUUAAGGAGAAAGGAUCGUGCCCAUGGUAUGAUGGAGACUCUUUUCUUUCGGAGUUGGACAAUGUAACGAUUCCAAGAAGAAUCGAUGGCCCACUAGCGAUCACGGUGACAGAAAAGGUAAGGCUGAUGGGAUCAACGAUUCUGUACGGGAAGGUUGAAUGCGGGAAGGUGACCCUCAACUCGCCAAUAAAAAUCUUACCACAGAACACAAAGAACGUCAUUUCGUCUAUAAUGGAUGAGGAUGACGUUGAGAUCGAAGAAACAGAGCCCGGAGAUGUUGUGAAGUUGAAGUUGAAGGAGGAUGUUGACGAUGUUUCGGUCGGAAGCAAGAUUCUUGGCAUUAGCAAUAUGGAUUACAAAUCUACUCAGGAAUUUACAUGCGGAUUAAACAUACUUGAUGGGGAUACAAUAAUAAGUUCCGGAUACACAUGCAUACUUCAUGUAGGAAUUGUUGCUGCUCAGUGCAAGAUUAAGGAAAUAAGGGAUAUUAACAACAAGAAGAUUAGGUUUUGCAGGCAAGGAAGCAAGGUUCUUGCGAAGAUAACUACCGAACUGCCUAUCUGCGUUCUCCACAGCAGUAGGAACGAGGAAGAAAGGCAAAGAUUUGCGUUACGAUUGGAGAACAAAACCAUCGCCGUUGGUGUAGUAAGAGCCGUAAAAGAAUAA